AUGAAGAAGGACGAAAAAAAACGAAGAAGGACGAAAAAGGACGAAAAGGACGAAAAAGGACGAAAAAGGACGAGAAGGACGAAUAAGGACGAAAUAGAUAAUACGGACGAAAGAGGACGAAAAGGGACGGAACAGGACGGAGAGGACGAAAAAAGACGACAAAGGACGGACAAGGAUGAAAAGGACAAUAAAGGACGAAAAAGGACGAAAAAGACGAAACAGGACUACAAAGGACGAAAAAGGACGAAAAGGACGAAAUGGGCGAAAAGGACGAAAACGGACGAAGAAGAAUACAAGGACGAAAAGGACGAAGUGGACGAAAAGGACGAAACAGGAGGACAACAACAAAAGAGGACGAUAGGGGAUGAUAAGGACGAAAAGAAGAAUACAGGAUGA